ACACACUAUCCACAUACCUCCAGCAACACGAUCUUCACCGUAACGAGUGGAAUCGUGCGGAACAACGGCGUUUGUACACGGUAGCAGCCAACCAACGUGACUCGACCAGCACCAAACCGUUCCAUUGGGGAUCGAACAAAAAACAUCGAGACGUAAAGCUACGCCUGCAGCUGUUGGAAAAUAUGACUGAUCCAAAGAUUGAGGCCGAGCUGGCGCCUUUGCGCGAGGCCGUAAAAGAACAGGGUGAUCUGGUGCGAAAGCUUAAGAGCGAAGGUGCUCCGGAAAUUGACGUUAAGAAAGCGGUCAAUGAGCUGAAGGCCCGGAAGAAGGUGCUCGAGGAUCGCGAGUUGAGCCUAGCGCCACAGGUGGCCAGCUUUGACCGGGCGCGCAUGGAAGAUUUGCUCAAGCGGCGGUUCUUCUACGACCAAAGCUUUGCCAUCUACGGUGGCAUUACGGGCCAGUACGAUUUCGGUCCGAUGGGAUGUGCGCUCAAGUCGAACAUGAUCAACACGUGGCGGCAGUUUUUCGUCCUCGAGGAGCAAAUGCUCGAGGUGGACUGUUCGAUUCUAACGCCCGAACCCGUCCUAAAGGCAUCUGGCCACGUGGAUCGUUUCGCGGAUCUCAUGACCAAGGACGUGAAGAACGGCGAGUGCUUCCGGUUGGAUCAUCUGAUCAAGAAUCACCUGGAGAAGUUGGCCGCUGCGAAGGACGCCACGGUGGAGCUGAAGGACGAGUGCGCCGACAUCGUGAUCAAGCUGGACGGUAUGACGAAGGACGAGAUGGCGGCCAUCUUGCGCAAGUUCAACAUGAAAUCGCCUAUUACUGGCAACGAUCUGACGGAGCCGAUCGAAUUCAAUCUGAUGUUUGGCACGCAAAUUGGCCCCACAGGCCUGGUGAAGGGCUUUCUGCGCCCCGAGACGGCCCAAGGCAUCUUUGUGAACUUCAAGCGGUUGCUAGAGUUCAAUCAGGGUCGGUUGCCGUUCGCAGCGGCACAAAUCGGAAACAGCUUCCGUAACGAAAUAUCUCCCCGUUCCGGGUUGAUUCGGGUGCGCGAGUUCACGAUGUGCGAGAUUGAGCAUUUCUGCGAUCCGCUUGCGAAGGACCACCCGAAGUUCGAGAACGUGGCCGACACGGUAAUGACGCUGUACUCCGCCUGCAACCAGAUGGACGGCAAGAGCGCCCAACAGAUCCGGAUCGGAGAUGCCGUAGCCAGUGGGCUAGUUGCGAACGAAACGCUCGGCUACUUUAUGGCGCGCAUCCAGCUGUUCCUGCACCGUAUCGGAAUCCUGCCAGACAGGUUGCGUUUCCGACAGCACAUGGGUAACGAGAUGGCGCAUUACGCGUGCGAUUGCUGGGACGCGGAAUGCCUGACGAGCUACGGAUGGAUCGAGUGUGUUGGCUGUGCUGAUCGGUCAGCGUACGAUCUCACGCAGCACACGAACGCAACGGGCGUGAAGCUGGUCGCGGAAAAGAAACUUCCGGCACCGAAGACAAUCGAAGUGACGGAAGUUGUACCGAACAAGGCCGCCAUCGGUAAGGCGUUCAAAAAGGAUGCAAAGGCUAUCACGGAGGCGCUCGCUAAGCUCAGCCUCGACGAGGUGGAAGGCAUCGGGCGGAAUCUGGGAGCGAGCGGAGAGCACACGCUCGCGGUUAAUGGAGCCGAGGUGAAGCUUACCGGUGAUCUGAUCGCGGUAAAAACAAACUCGAAAACCGUCCACGUGGAGGAAAUUACGCCCAGCGUGAUAGAGCCCUCGUUUGGCAUUGGACGAAUUAUGUACUCGCUGCUGGAGCACAGCUUCCGGAUGCGCGAAGGGGAUGAGCAGCGCAGCUACUUCUCGUUGCCGCCGGUGGUGGCUCCGCUCAAAUGUUCCGUACUUCCGCUGAGUAAUAAUGCCGAGUUUGCUCCGUUCGUGAAGAAGAUUUCUUGCGCCCUUACGUCAGUGGAUGUGUCGCAUAAGGUGGACGAUUCCAGUGGCUCGAUCGGUCGUCGUUACGCACGCACGGACGAGAUCGCCAUCCCGUACGGCAUCACGAUCGACUUUGAUACGCUCAAGGAACCGCACACGGUAACACUGCGUGAACGUGACUCGAUGAAGCAAGUGCGCAUUGGGUUGGACGAGGUUGCAAACACUAUCCGCGAUCUAGCAACCGGUCGUGGCAGUUGGGAACAAGUUGAAUUGAAGUAUCCUAGGUUUGAGCAGCAGGAAGCAUCGGCCAAGUAAACAUCACUUGCACUUGGACAUCGGAAGAAAGCGCAAUGUUUGAAGCUAAAAUGACAUUAAAACUACUUGCCUUUGAUCCAGUGAUCAGUUUGCGCAUCAACACUUAUGCAUUUUAUGUAAUGUUUGAGCUUUAGUUUGGCAACAGGCUUUUGUCAAGAAGUUGAAACAGUGAAACAAUUGAUUUGUUAGCAUUUA